AUGCAAGGCUUUUUUCCAGAACCACUACUGCGCUCUUUGCAACGCUUCGCACAGCUGGAAGACGUCAAAUAUAGCAAUGAAUCAUCAUAUCCUUCUGUGCUGGCAACUGGCUUAGUCGUCGGGACAUGUCGAGACAUCAAGACCAGUGGUCUUGACACUCCAGUAACACAACAGGUUGCAGUCUGGGGUUUAUUGCAGUCGUCAUCGGACGAUACUGGAGAUUAUUCUUUUACACAAUAUCUUCCAGGAGGUAUUUCUUGUAUUGGAAAUUUUGUGAUUGUACAUGGAGAAGAUUUAACGCAGCUCGACUCUGCUGCAUUGCAAAUAACAAAUGAUGACAAGACAAAAGUUAUUGUAUUGGCGUAUAAUGUGACUACAAAGUCACUUCAAUUGUUUCAUUGCAAAGAUGGAAAAGCAACAAUGAUUGAGAUGCAAAAUGUGCAAUGUUUGCAUACUCGCGAUUUUUAUCGGAUUAUUGGACUUGCUCCAUUAAUUUCUAUUGUGGAUUUUCAUGUUCAUGGAGACGAAAGUAUGUUUUUACGUCGGGUAGAGAAAUUUUUGGCUGCAACGAAUGAAAAUGGAGAUUUUUAUGUUCGCGUUGGGUACACUGAAGGUAAAAAAGAACGAGGUUUUCGUAUACUUGACAAACAUGGAAAUGAUAUUAAGACGCAAAAUGAGUUGGUGUAUUUAAAUUCAAUUGUGCUACAAAAUGACAAUAACGACGAAUUAAAGAAUGACAAGAAACAUAAAAAGGGAAAAAAGAAGAUGCCAAUCAAGCAAAAAGAAUCUAAUUCUCAACUUGGUUUCUUUCCAACAUUAGAGUAUGGGAAUAUAACCAAUAUUGAAUUAUUGAUUGGUCUUGCACCAUCCGAUACUAAAGCAGUAGCUCCUGUGAUUACAAUUCCCUCAUCCUCAACCUCCAAUUCUACUCUGAGACGCUAUCAUGUACAUUGUGAAGCAUUUGUUGUGGUGCCUGUAGAGUCGUCGGUGAAAAAUGCGUUGGCAUUACUUCGCAAUCAGCUCCACAAUCAGUUGACGGAUGUUGCUAAUCGACUUAAACAUACAUCGGAAGACAAUGUCUCAAUAACAACACACCAGUUUCCGUUAAUUGGAGCAGCAUUCCCGCUAACCUUAAGCAGUGACGAAAGUAUGACUAAUGUAGCUAAACUUGAAAAGCUACAUCGUGUGUUCAUGCAACCAUUCCACCAACCUCUUUUUCGCCUAUCGCGUGGAUGUUCAUUAACUCAACAAGGCGAGUGGCUUUUAAAAAGCAAUGUACUUGUUAAUGUGCAUGAAGGUAUUUCAAACUCAGGCUUAGGAGAGCAGUGUCUGUCGGCUAUAGUACAAGGUUUUUAUGGAUACUAUCAUUAUCUCCAGCAAGGUAUUAAUGACAAAGGCUGGGGCUGUGCAUAUCGUUCAUUACAGACAUUGGCAUCGUGGCUAUUUCUACAACAUUAUACUCAGCAUGAAUUUCUAUCACACGAGCAAAUUCAACGUGUUUUAGUCAAAAUUGGUGACAAACCUGCUCGAUUUCAAGGUUCGACCGAGUGGAUUGGCAGUUUAGAAGUUGGUUACGUUCUUGACGAGUUGUUUGGCGUGACAUUUCGAUCACUUAAUGUAUCUAGUGGCUCUCAAUUGCCUGAAGUAGCACGUGAGUUACUCCAUCAUUUUCAAACCCAGGGUACGCCAGUUAUGAUGGGCGGUGGGCAACUGGCGUUUACGUUGUUGGGUGUGGAGUAUCAUCCGGAUACUGGCGUCUGCGCGUUUCUAACGCUAGAUCCUCAUUAUACUGGUGAAGAGGAUUUAGCAACAAUCCAGAACGAUACAGUUGCUCUAGAAGGUUACAAGGCAGUUCCGUGCAGCUGGCGCAAGACGACAUCAUUUGCUAAAAGUGGUUUCUAUAAUUUCUGCUUGCCUCAGCGUCCUAGUGGUGGUGUCUAA